AUGGACUACGAUGUCUUGGACGUUUAUCCUUCGCCACCAGACGAGUAUGUUAUCAAUUACAAAGACGAUGAUCCGGUAAAAAUGGAGAAGUACAAAAGAAACUUGGUUGUUGGAAACGUUAAUGCGCAAGAAAUUGGGCCGUUGACGAGACAACUGGCUGAUUUUACGCCGGAAGGAGUUACUCUUACUAUUGCCGCGAAAACAGGAGCUGGCCAAAAACAACAAUGGUUCCCAUACUACCAGCGCCAACUCAUCGACCGAAUGGAAUACAUCACCGAAAACCAACCCAAACGACCCGUCGCUGAGAAUAAAUCCAGUUCUCUCUAUCCUUAUAAGUUCUAUGGAGAAAUGACUGAAUGGAAAGGCCUGGAUAAUCAGCUGAAUAUUUGCAGAACGAAUUUUGGGAUCAAAAGCGCGAGAUAUUUCGUUUACGAACAUCGAGUGGGAAAACAGUAUUUUGAACGCAACAAUCAAGUUCAGCGCGCUAGAAUGCUCCGUAAUCAGUUUUUAUCUGGCGAAAGGCUUGUCAGUUUGAUGCCGGCUCCUGUUCAGCCUUAUUUGAGACUCGCACGAUACGACAAACCAAUCGGUUACCAACUCCUGUUUGUACCCGCCUUCAUGGGAUUGGUCAGUGGAUGCCAGUUUACUCAAUUACCCGACGCUUAUCUGAUGAGUAUUUUUGCGGCUGGGAUAGUGUUUUACAAAAAGCUUAGUAUGCGCAUUUUCACGUUUUACAGGGCCUAA